ACUUUGACAGCGACGGAAUGCACAAGUGCAAGCUAAAUUCCAAUAUCUCCACGUAUCACAUCGCGAACUACGCAUCACUUCUAUCCGCACCGAAACCCAACUCAUCGUCGUAUUGAUACGAAUACGUUGCGUUAACGUCAAUUCGUAUUGGGAACAACAACAACGCAAUCGAUUUUCCGUCUUUACGCUCAGUGUGCUUCAAUCCCCCUCAGUGUCUGACCUGGACCGUGAGCUGUUCAAGCCCGGAUUUCACGUCAACCUCGCAAACUCCUUUUCACCAGAUACCGUUCUGUGUAACUUAGUCAUCACCACCCUCGAACCUCUCCCAACAUGGUCAAAUUCCACGACUCCCUGGACCAGUCCCAUGUCGAAUUUAUCACCUCCCAGCCGCUCUUCUUCGUCGCCAGUGCACCUUGGGCCGGUUCUCACAUCAACAUCUCGCCCAAGGCGCAUCCCUCGAAGACUUUCUCUAUUCUCGGCCCAAACACUGUUGCCUACCUCGACGCCACUGGUAGCGGUUGCGAAACAAUCUCGCAUGUGUACGAAAAUGGUCGUGUUACCCUCAUGUUCAGUUCCUUCGGUCCCUCUCCAAAGAUCAUAAGGCUGUAUUGCACUGGCCGUGUGAUUGAGAAAUGGGAUCAAUACUACCAGGAGCUAAGGGCGAAGAUGGCAACGGAGAACGGCGAUGAAGUCGACUUUACGGGUGCACGCGCCGUCAUCGUGCUGAGAAUCAAGAAAGUGCAGACGAGCUGUGGGUUCGCUCUGCCAGCCGAUGGCAUCGAGGGCGACGCAACCGCCUUUGCUGACCACGAGCAUUCACAUUCUCACGAUGACGUCUCCCGACCACGUGAAACGCUCGAGGUCUGGUCGCGCAAGAAGCUCGAGAAGCAAGAGAUGGCCGACUACCAGAAAAACAUGAACCACCGAUCUCUCGACGGCCUUCCAGGUUUGAUGUCCGCCCGCCGUACGCGAGACGAGAACUUCGCCGUUGAAGAUACAAAGGCCUGGCUCAGGAAAGUAAACAAGCAACAGGACGCAGUGGCUCUGGGCAUUGGGUUUGGUGUGUUGCUCAUGUUGGUCCUGCAUGUUGUGGGUGUGCUGCACAUUCAGCCCAAGUUCCUCUACACUAUCUUAGAGUAUCAAAAGAGGCAUUUGGGAAUUGUGGACACUACUGAUAUCAAGAGUGAGCUUUGAGAGGAGGGCUCAUGGACUAAUAUAGUUGUUCCGUAGUAUGAAUUUCCUUCUUGUAGAAGUUUUCUAGGGCUUAUUUGGGCAUUACACGAAUCACUCAAUAUCACUGUACCACCUUGCGUGAUUUAGAAACACUUUUGCAUGCUUUAAUGUUGUACAUUGUUUCAAUGAAUGCUAC